AUGUGGAAUUUCAUGGAGUAUAUAUCGGGAAUGAAGGGCUUCGGUGGCCUUUUCGACGUGACGGAAGAACCCAUGGCAUUGGCAUUCCAAAACGCCAUAGAGCGGAUCAACAACGAGCGCGCCAUCGCCCGCCAGUCACAACUGCGAAACAUGACCUUCAUGAUCCCUCUGCACGACUCCUUUGCCGCGUCCAGAAAGCUUUGCGAGAUGACGAAAACGGGGAUAGCAGCUGUGUUCGGCCCCAACAGCAGGACGUCGGCUACCCACGUGCAAAACAUGUGCGACGGACUGGGGAUCCCUCAUGUGGAGACCCGUUGGGAUCACAGGAGUUCCCGGGAAGAACUCUCAGUUAACCUACAUCCUCAUCCCGAAGUCCUCGGGAAGGCCUUCCGAGACAUUCUCGAAAUCUUGGACUGGCACAAGUUCACAAUCCUGUACAGUGACAACGAAGGCCUGUACCGAUUGCAGGAAAUAUUGAAAGUGAAGCCACCUCAGAACAAAGAGCUGAAAUUGACCAUCAGGCAAUUGGUGCUUGAUGGUGAUAAUAGGCCGCUGCUCAAGGCCUUGAAGAAGUCUGGCGAGACUCACAUCGUGCUCGACUGCCACGUUGACAAGAUCUACGAGAUCAUGAAGCAAGCCAAGGAAGUAGGCAUGUUGACUGAGUACCACAACUAUUUCUUCACUAACCUGGAUUUCCACGCCGUCGACUUGCGGGACCUGUUCAGAGACAGCGGUGCGAACAUCACUGGAGUGUCCAUAGUCGACAUUGAAUCGAAGUUUGGCGAAUACCUGUCGGCCGGAGGAGGCAGUUGGACUUUGGGCAUGGAAAGAACGUCUCCGUCAUCACCUGGAUACUUCACAGGCGUCGUUCAUCCCGUUGACUACAUGUUCCACCAAACUGCAACACCGCUUCAAUUGGCACGCAUGGAAACCGCCCGGAUAUCGCCAAAAGCCGUCAUGACUUCGAUUGCGCUGAUUCACGAUGCUGUUAGUUUGUUCGGAGCAGCUCUGAUCAAACUGGACGAUGAACUUCUCGAUGGUGUGAUCGUGAAACAAAUGCAGUGUCACCAGGGAGCCACGUGGAACGAGGGCAGGAACUUGAUCUGGAUCAUGAAAAUGCUAACAAUCGAAGGACUUUCAGGAACAGUGAGAUUAGACGCUCAAGGGUAUCGAAGAGACUUCAACCUGGACAUCUUGGAAGUCGGCAAAAAGGGCUUGGAAAAAGUUGGACGAUGGGAAAAGGGACGUGGUGCGAACUACACACGGCUUUGGACAGAUCGAGAAGCUGCCAUCAGGCAAGAACUCAAGGAUAAAAACCUCAUCAUAACCAUGAUCGAAAAUGCACCUUAUGUCAUGUACAAGAAAAACAAGGACGAAUUCACCGGCAACGAUCAGUUCGAAGGCUUCUGUAUCGACCUAAUCAAGGGCAUUGCGGAAAAGCUACACUUUAAUUACACAUUCCGACCGGUCAAGGAUUCCAGUUACGGGAGCCGGGACAAAAUCACUGGCGAGUGGAAUGGCAUGAUCAGGGAACUGUUGGACAGGGAAGCCGAUCUGGCUGCAGCAGAUUUGACCAUCAGUCAUGAGCGUGAAGAAGCCGUUGACUUCACCAUGCCUUUCAUGAACCUGGGCAUUGGUAUCCUGUACAAGAAACCCGCGAAGAAACCCCCAAAUCUGUUCAGCUUCUUGUCUCCACUUUCUUUGGAUGUGUGGAUCUACAUGGCAACUGCUUACAUGGGCGUCUCGAUUCUAAUCUUCGCUCUGGCAAGAUUCACUCCUCACGAGUGGGUCAGCAGCCAUCCUUGCAAACCGGACCCUGAUGAGUUGGAAAACAGCCUCACGCUCUCAAACUCUCUGUGGCACGUGUGGGCAUCUCUUAUGCAGCAAGGAUGCGACAUUGCUCCCAAAGCGGUUUCAACGAGAAUGGUGGCAGGAAUGUGGUGGUUCUUCACUCUUAUCAUGAUCUCGUCGUACACUGCCAACCUUGCAGCUUAUUUAACCGUGGAGAGGAUGGAAGCUGUCAUCUCGGGACCAGAAGAGCUGUCGAAACAGACGAAAAUUAAAUACGGAAGCCUCGGCACGGGUUCCACCAAGGUUUUCUUCCGGGACUCAAAAAUAGAAACAUACCAAAGAAUGUGGUCGGUGAUGGAAAGCACUCGUCCGACGGUGUUCACCAAAACAAACCAAGAAGGAGUGGACCGCGUGAGAAGCGGAGGAUACGCGUACAUCAUGGAAUCCACGACGCUGGAGUACAUGAUGGAAAAGUACUGCGACCUCAUUCAAGUCGGAGGUUUGCUCGAUAGCAAAGGCUACGGACUCGCUUUACCUCCAGGAUCCCCGUACACCUCGGCCGUCAGCAGUGCGAUUCUGAAGUUGCAGGAAGAUGGAGAAUUUUUCAAUUUGAAGUCAAAGUGGUGGAAAGAGAGAAACGAAGGCGCCGGCAAAUGCCACACCGAGACAGCCAAAGUUCGGAGUAGCAGUUCGGCGAACGAGCUCAGCCUUGCCAACGUCGGAGGCGUCUUCGUUGUUCUCAUGGGUGGAGUCGGGAUUGCAAUCCUCCUCGCCUUCUGCGAAUUCUUCUGGAAGUCAAGAAAACUGGCCAUUGAAGAAAACGCAUCUCUCUGUCAGGAGAUGGGAAGAGAACUUGGGUUCGCCCUCAAGUGCCGAGGGUCCACGAAACCCGUGCCCAGCCACAUCAAAGCCGGGCUCUCAGCUGCCAGUCUCAACGAAUCCGGUACAGGACCUGGAUCCCGGUCACGGGGCACAACCGUGGGUGCGAGCCUGAGGAGCGAUCCGCGGUUCAAGCAACGGGUUUCUUCGCCGACCUCCGAUUCGCCGAAGACUGGACCGACUCACAUCACUGCCGUCAGCAUCAAAAAGUGAAAAGUAAAUAGGAAACGGAUACCAAGCGUCGGGUAAACUGAAGCCCGACUGGGGGGACCCAAACACGCAUUGUGUUCUGCGUUCGCGCACAUUUGUUCGAAAUUUUUCUUCUUUCUUUUUGUGGCUUCUUUCUGCAGUUACCCGAUGGUCAGAGUAACAGUGUGCAACAGAGUCACUAUUCGUCAUCAUAGCCGAAUCGAAAAGCACAAGAAAAGCAAAUAUUUUCGGAAAGUUUCGCGACAAUUCAGGGCUAUCAUAAAAAAAACCUGUUUUCUCCAGAAUUUAAAAAUACAGUACUCCACGCUGAAACGAACUGGAGACAUUUUGUAUGAGCCCGGUGGCGGAGUUCUUCUCGCAGACCGCAAAAAAUAUUCUGAAAUUUGAAAGAGAGGACGAACACGAGAUUCUGCGGGACAAACAUUAUUCUCGUCAAAAGAUGAAAUAUUUCUUGCCAAAAGUAAAAUCACUUCCUUUGGAGUUGAAACUCUUUUUUUUUAGAUAACAUUUAGGUCAGGAUCUCUACCAGUUGAUCCAUUCGAUUGCCACUGCCAGGAAUCAUCAACCUUUUUUUCUACUUCAACACCAUCCAAACUGCACAAGAUUAGCAUCCACCCUGGCAGAGAACCACGUCUAGCAAGCACGUCACAGGUUAAAAUUCCAAUAGACUAGACGCAUCAUACAGGACUUUUCGUGAUUAGUUGUUCGCUUUCAGGGCAUCCAGGAAAAUGAAUCGAACAUAUGGUAAAAAUAGCAGCAUUGUACAAAUGAAGUUACCAAUUGUGAUGUUUUUCCAACAUAUUCUAGAUUUCAAAGUGGAUGAUAAAGCGAGCAAAUCUUCGAAACCUCUCCAAUAUAUGCUCGCAGAAAAGAAAUCAAAACCAUCACGCGGUGGUUAUCGUGACGGAUAGGUUGACAUGUUACCAGGGAUCGUUAAAAUGCGAAGCUUUAGGUGGAUGUGAAAUUCGGGUUGAUGACUGAAAUAUUGUUGAUCUUGAGGCAGGGUAGAGUUCCUAGGCAAGAAUGAUUUAAUUUUAAAUUGAAACUCGAGUGUGCCUUCGCAAGUUUAGAUGAUUCCGCGCAGCAACAUCAAAAAUGUACUGAUGACUGGUAAAAUAUGUUUCAGAAACGAAAGAAAAUAAAACAAUUGUUGAACUUUG